AUGCCGCAAUGGCAGGCCCCCUGCCUCGCAUGUCGUUCGACCGCCUCGGGUGAGAUCGUGAAGCUGCCUGUGACCAAGGACUGUGCGUACAAGGACCUGGCGGCCGCUUUGCGGGAGAAGUUGCCGGAAACCAAGACGCAGGUCAUCCAGUUCUUCGUCUCCAAAGACACCAGCAUGGAUGAGUACAAGACCUUGGGCGACCAGGGUUUUGACGAUGCGGGCCUUGCGAAUGCUGAAUUCAGCUACACCGCAUCGGAGUUCUCCUACGGGGAGAUAAGCCAAGAGGAGGCCAUGCCGCUCUUUGACGAGGCCACGAACAGCGUCGCGAGUUCGCCGGUGGACAUCAAAGAGCUGAUAGCUCUGAAGACGCCGCCCGGGUGCAUCCGGCUGGCCAUGGAGGGCGUGGCUUGCCUCCUGGGGAAGCCCCGGAAGAGCUGGGAGGAUCUGACCAAGAUGCUGGACGAGGAGGACUUCAUGAAGAGCAUGCAGUCUUUUCUGACGAAAGAGGUGCCUCUUGAAGCGCUGGUGGAGCUCCAGUGGUACUUGAAACAUCCUGAAUUGCAGAAGGAGCGGCUGCAGAAAGUCUCCCGCUGUCCUGCACCCAGAGGAACUCCAACCUUUGUCUUAGAGCUGAUUGAAGUGCAUAGAUUAGGGUGCUUUUGUGGGAAACCCCGCAACUCCGUCUCUUCUGCCAAGCCCUGGUGUGCGAACCUGGCCUGA